UUAUGUUGACGUGUCGAGAGGUUGCUGCGAAGAUUGUUGCUCUCUCGCGUAAUGGAAGACACCAUUGGACAUCACCGCGCCGAAUAUGGCGCAACACAGAAAACACGUUUUACAAGAAAUGGUUUUGGCGAAAGUUACACAAAGUCGAGCGAAGUCAUAGCUGCUGCAGGUGGGGAUGUGACAGACAGAGGAUACAGCAGGUGCCGCGAGCUGACCUCGGCGUGCGCUGACAAACCCGCUGCCGUCGAAGACGCUGAAAGCGGGGUCAUUGCUUGCCCCUUCAAGAGACCACAUAAACAUAGGUCAAAAUCCAAGGAACAUAAACGUCUUAACACUCACAAACUAGUUUUGCAAUACAUAGGACCUUGUAUGAAUUCUUAUGGCCUCUGUAUAGUGGACAAUUUCCUCGGGAACAAAAUUGGUGACCGCAUUCUGCAAGAAGUGAAAAGCAUUCACCAGGGAGGGAGAAUGCAAGAUGGAGAGUUAGUUUGCCCGACACCAGGCAAAAACAAAUCUAUUCGAGGGGACAAAAUUGCAUGGGUAGGGGGGAAUGAGCAAGGAUGUGAAAACAUAGGCUUUCUUUUAACAAGAAUGGACAAGCUUAUCAUGCACGCCAACGGCAGACUGGGAAAUUACAAAAUUACAUGGAGACACAAGGCGAUGGUGGCCUGCUACCCAGGAAAUGGGACUGGCUAUGUCAAGCACGUAGAUAACCCCAAUGGGGACGGGCGCUGUGUGACUUGCAUCUACUACUUGAAUAAGAACUGGAACGCCAAGGAGCAUGGAGGGGUUCUGCGGAUCUUUCCGGAAGGCAAAUCAUAUGUGGCAGAUAUCGAGCCUCUGUUCGACCGGCUGCUCCUGUUCUGGUCCGACCGGCGGAACCCCCAUGAGGUCCAGCCGUCCUACGCACAAAGGUAUGCGAUCACAGUAUGGUAUUUUGACUCAGAAGAAAGGGCUGCAGCAAAGAGAAGAUUUAGAGACUUAACUGGCUCCACAGCUCAGGAUGGCAAUGCGUCUUGAUGUAAAUGUGGAUGCCAGCACAGACAGGGCACUGCACCACAGCCAGCACACUGCACCGCACCACAGACUGGAGCACGGCUUGCUGCUGCUGCUGCUGCUCAGUGUCUUCAAGUCAGCUGUGAACACCAGUGAGUCCAUGUCAGAUGCUUGGGAGUCUCCGUCCUCAAGGCUUUUUUCUCCUUCCGAUCUACUCGUCGCCCCCACACCUCUUCAUGGUACACCCCUCCUCUCAGGAGCAGACAGACAUUUGAGGGUUUUUUUUCUCUCAGAACUUUAUGCAGUUGCCUCUUUGUAUUUUCACCCCAGCAUAAUGUGUUCACUUACGUUAUUCUCUCUCAGACAGGGUAUGAUGUUUUUUUUUUUGUGUUAAUGUCUAGUCUGUACAGUUAGUCUGUAAAACAGCUAACACACUGCUUUUGUGAUGUAUUUGUGUCAUUUUAAAAAAUGGUUUUACACAAUACAGUGAUGUAAUGGCACUGAAAAUGUUUCCCUUCUUGGUUAACUGUUUGGAGAAAAAAGAUGAUUGAUCUGAAGUGAUGAAAAUCUUCUUUUGAACCAGAAGUGGUGUUCCAAAAUCUAAAUGUAAAUCUAAAAAAGCUUUCUGUCAAUGUGAUAUUUAUUCACGAAGGCCUUGAUGCAGACAUAUUGUCUAGCUUGGUAAAAAGAAAAGAAUAAUGGAAAAAAUAUCUAUCGAUGCUAUUUUUUUUAAUCACCAAAGGAAUGCUACAAAGAAAUGACACUAUACUUUUUUAUUGAUGCUAAAGGGUUUUUGUUUUCAUUUUUACUUUCCUCUAACAAUAAUUCCCUUCUUUUUUGUCUUGCUUUUUAUGACUUGUAAUGCUUUCUUGGUCUUGUUUUGUAUUUUCUCCCCCACCUGUAGAGUAUGCACUUAUAUGUCUACAUAUUUGUAAAUAGGAAAAUCACAGUGUCAAAAUGAGAUUAUCACUAUAGAGUGCAAAAAAAUGCUAACUGCCAAUUUUUCUCUCUUGUGUCGCUUUUGUUUCCAUUGACUAAGUAGUGCAGACAAAGAAGACUAUUGAUGAUGCACUGGUUUGUUUAUUUGUUUGUAUGGUCAGAUUUGUUUACUGUUUACCUAGCUGCCAAGAUUUGCCUGUGUAGAAGGUUAGGUAACUGUACAACUGUGUAAUUUCUUCACCCCCACUGUGUAGGCAGAUAUGAAGCUGCUGCUGUAACCUACUGAUAAUUGUUUAAUGUUGCGUUGGUGUAUGUGUGUGUGUGUGUGUGUGUGUGUGUGUGUGUGUGUGUGUGUGUGUGUGUGUGUGUGUGUGUGUGUGUGUGUUUAGUAGGCUACACAUGUUUGAAUGUGCCUCCAUUAUCCACGGUUCAUGUAGUGCACUGAGAGACCCGGUAUCAGCUUGCAUGCUGGUCAGCAACGCUGUGCUGGUUUGGACAAUGCCUGUGUGUGUGUGUGUGUGUGCGCGCGCGCGCGCGCGCGUGUGUGUGUGUGUGUGUGUGUGUGUGUGUUUGUAUUGCUUUGAGAGCUUGUGGACUGAAAUAAAGGCAGAUUGCUGU